AUGUCUCGUUCAAGCGCAGGCAGCAUGUUUGGAGGGGCCGGUGGUCGUGGCGCACGAGCGUCUGUGUCUACUCUGCAGGGCUUGAGAAAUGCUCUCCGUCCGGACUCCCAACCGCAAGCGCAGCCUAACGGUCCAGUGGCCGCAGCGCCGGUGGACGACAAGAGGACGAUGGAGGGUCUGAACAACCGUCUCCAAGACUACUUGGGCAGGGUGCGCAAAUUGGAACGGUCGAAUGAAGACCUCGAAGAGCAGAUUAAAGACGUGUUGAAGCGGAGGGGUAAGACCACCGAUCGCGACUGGAAUGAGGUUCAGAAACCGCUGGAAGAUCUUAAGAAGAAGAUACGUGACAUGACCAUGGACAAUGCUCGUAUUCUGCUGCAGAUUGACAACAACAAACUAGCAAACGAAGACUUCAAGAACAAGCUCGAGACCGAGCAAAUUGCUCGCCAGAACGUGGAGCACGACCUUGUGGACCUCCGUAAGGUCAUCGACGACACCCAACUAGCACGUAUGAACCUCGAGAGUCAGAUCGAGUCGGUCAAGGAGGAGAUUGCUUUCCUGAAGAAGGACCAUCGCGAUGAAGUGGCAGCACUGAAGGACAAGAUCAAAGACUCCAGUGUCAACGUGGAGAUUGACUCUCCGCAGUCCAACCUAAGCGACACUGUUAACAAGAUUCGACAAGAAUACGAAAAGCUAGCCAAGAAGAAUCGCGAGGAGACCGACGAAUGGUACAAGACUAAGUUUGAGAACAUCAGGGUGGAAGUGGCGAAGAACACUGAGUCUCUCCAGACGAGCAGAACUGAACUCACCGAGCUUCGCCGAGUGAGGCAGAUCCUGGAGAUUGAACUUCAGGCGAUGCAAAACACGAUCCAUUCGCUUGAAGAAACUCUAGCAGACACGGCGGGUCGUUACGGACGUGAGUUGGCGCGCCUGAACCGCAUCCUACAGCAACUGGAACAGGACCUAAGCCAAGUGCGCGAGCAGGUGGAGCGACAAGCCAGCGAUUACCAGGAGCUGCUCAACAUCAAGAUGAAGCUGGAGGCGGAGAUCGAUAAUUAUCGCGGUCUGCUGGGUGACAACGGUGUGGCGUUUUCCUUAGAACAGGCAUUAAACAGCGGUAAGUGUGACGACCUCACAGACCGUCUAACUGUGCCCGCAUAA